AUGAGGCGGAAUCAAGCCUCUAGAGAUCCCUGGGCCGCUCGGCCACCACUUUUGAUCACCUUGCCGGACGGCCGUCUUUCCCCGCACCAGCCGCCUGACCUCCAUAUCCAAGGAUUCGGGAGAAUUGGCGUAGAAAACCGACAUUGGAGACACGAGCACGGGCAUCGCCCGCUCGAUGGCCCGGACCGCUUGUGCCUUUACCUCGCUUCCAGGCGCGGGCGACUCCAACGACAGAAGCCUGGAGGGGAGUUCUUUGCGCCUGUUAUGGAGGAGCGAGCCUGGCACGAAUACGGGCGCCGUCUGAUCUCGGUGCUGCGUCCAGUCCGUGCUCUUCCCAGUUCUAUUGACUGUAGGCGCUUAGACGUCGUUAUCGGUAACGGAAACUGCACGCCGAGCCGGGCCAAGCCCCGGCCGAGAAAGCUUGACGGCGCAGCACAAGACAGCGAGAGAAAGAGCGGGACAUCACCCAAGAAGCGAAUUUGUUUGGUUCUGACAUCCCGGAGCAGGACUGCAGCGCUCGGCAGAUGGAAGUCCGGAAUGUCUACACCGGGCCGAUUUGUAAUUGGGCCGGCUCGGACCAGUGACAGCCAGUGGAUUGCAAACCCGAGGCACCGAAACGAUGCCCCCUCUGGCAGGAUACCCGAUGACAAGGAACCAUGUACGUUUGGCAGCAACUUGGUGGUAGUACACUGUCAAACUGUACACCCCCUUCAUGCUACUGCGACUGGCCCCCUCCUCCGGCAAACAAAGGUCAAAUAUAGAGAUACGAGGCGGGAAGGGCAGUCACAGACGAAGGCUCUCUUCGACUCCAUUGUUGCUCCAAUCUCUAAUCAUCCCCGCCAGACUAGUCCUGCUGUCUGGCAGUCCGCGGCAUGCGAGCGUUGUGACUUUGGUGACUUUGGUCCCUUUCUUAGCUUGAAUCCCGCCCUGGUUCAAGUACUGCGCUGGCUCUCUGUGGCUUGCAGGCUGGGCAGGGUUUUGCGGGCAGAAAGAUGCAAGAACUUGUUGAUGUUGCACUUCUACCCGAAAGCCACACGAGAGAAUACGACGAGCAACGUCGAAGGCACCGGCUGGCAGCGGGCGGCUAACAAGGCUCUUCCUCCUCAACCGAGGGAACGGAACGACGCCUCAUUACGCCACGGUGUGCACGGGUCCGCCCGCUUGACGUUCCAGUCCGCUUUCUUGGUGAACGACGACGACGACGCGCCCCCCCUCAUCGACAUCCGAGACAGAGAGAAACAUCCGAGGCACUGCAAUGUUGCGCUUUGGACCGAGACUAAACCCCAAGCGAGGGAGAAAACAGGACAAGUUCCAACGAGUCCCACGUCCCGCUUUAGCGCCGCUCCUGUCUUCGACUUUUUUGGCUUCGCCCGCAGUCUGGGCAGAAUUGGCGCUACAGGAUCUUCUUCUUUUUUUUCGGCACACGCAAGAGAGAGAGAGAGGCGUGUGUAUAUGCAUAUGUGGGAGAGAAAAGCCAUCGCUCGAAGAGAAAGUGGGACAAACAUCGACAUCUGGUGCAAGUACACUUGGAUAUCCUCACUAGACAUUGAGUUCAGGUUGGACUCCAUCGAGACGCACUUCGACACUCGCUACCCUCGCCACCGCGGGACACUACUGGUCACGAGACCUAUCGAGACCUGUUUUCGAGGCCCGCCGUCGUCUGACGACGAAUACGAGCGAGAGACUAGAAAUGCAGGAGAUUUGAGCGAUUGGCAGAGGGAAAUGAGCACCGAAAUGCGGGCGUUACAGAAGACUCGCAAGAGAGGAGCUGAGUGGAAGGCGAGGAUGAUAACCACUACACUACAAGUGCUGUUGGUUCACGGUGGAUACCGAGGCAGCAAUCUCGGCAUCAAGGGAAAGCGGCGGGAACGGGUGGACCCCGCUCUGGGCAUUUCUGAGUACCGCGAGUAUGAUACGGUAAGCAGUCUGGGUUUCGUCCAAGAUAACUCCGCUUACACGAUGCCGGCGGCUCAUCUACGCUCAAGACCGCGCCUGAGCCGGCAAUGUCCUGUCUCUGAAGUUGAACUCCUCGGUCCCCAUCGAGCUCCCGGUUCCACGUCGCCGUCAUACCCUCACUCUCUCGUCUCUGAAGAUGAAAGAGUGGUUAUAAGCAUGUACCAACUUCCAGGCGCAUACUUCAAAAUGUUCCCAAGAGCCACGAAGCUCGUCAUUCUGAAUCGAUGCACUUCAAGCAAUCAUAUCCAGGCGAGUGAUGGGGACGGGUUGCCUCCAGCCUUCACGAUACCUUCAGCAGAGUCCUCUCGAGUCAUCGUAGGUCGCUUUCUAGACCGCUAUUCAUCGCUAGAAGUCUAUUGA